CGAGACGUGCUUAGGAAAUGGGUAUCGCCCUUCAUUCGAAAUAACAAGACGAGACGAGACACUUUGCGAAAUUUACAUGAUGGACUUCCAUGAGCGAGGGUUUCCUCUCACGAAACAGGCGGCCUCUAAACGCUGCCGCGGAGAUGAUGCAAUAGAAGACGGAAGGAUGAGAUGGGGAUCGCCGGAAGCAAGCCAAAAUCCUCGUGCCUUGCGUGCUCUAGUGAAUUGAUAGCGUGUCUAUCUGGUUGAUCCGUGUGACCAUCAUGGUGACGGCUCAGGCAACAAGGCUCGAGGAUGAGCAUUCAAAGUGGCACGAAGAACAAAGUAUCUGCAGCACACUUCUACGGCUGGACCCUACAUCCGGCUGCUGUCAAGCAAGCUGCCGCAAGAGCCAGCCAAGCGCGCCAGGCUGUGCUUUCAACGCGGGUAGCGGCUGGGGGGGUGUCUUCGGCGCCGGCAGGGAUUUCAUCUGGCGGGAUCGAGCGCGUGAGAUUUUGACAUGAUGGAUGGACAAGACAGCGAGCAAAAUGCACAGCGGCAGUGGCAAGACGGUUGGUGUAAUGGUGGUGGUCUGUUCGCCCCCUUGACAGGAGGAAGCCGAAACACAUGGAAGUGCUGCCCGACUUACACCGCGUGGUGGCGAAGCUCAAGAGCGGUGGCAGAGCGGGAUGGCAAACGGGAUGGCAUGGCAAGGACAGAGUGCAGCGUGGCAUAGCCCUGAUGCUCUCGCCAACGCACCGGCAAGGCACCAUGCCUGAGCC